AUGGCCCCUCCAGCAGUAUUAAAGAAAUCCGGUGUCAUCUACGGUAAAGAUGUCAAAGACUUGUUUGACUAUGCACAAGAAAAAGGUUUCGCCAUCCCAGCCAUCAAUGUCACCUCGUCAUCGACUGUUGUUGCUUCUUUAGAAGCUGCCAGAGACAGCAAAGCUCCAAUCAUCUUGCAAACUUCUCAAGGUGGUGCUGCUUACUUUGCUGGUAAGGGUGUUGACAACAAAAACCAAGAAGCUUCGAUUGCUGGUUCCGUUGCUGCUGCCCACUACAUCAGAGCAAUUGCUCCAAUCUAUGGUAUUCCAGUUGUUUUGCACACCGAUCACUGUGCUAAGAAAUUGUUGCCUUGGUUCGACGGUAUGUUGAAGGCCGAUGAAGAGUUCUUUGCUGAACACGGUACUCCAUUGUUCUCCUCCCAUAUGUUGGAUCUUUCAGAAGAAGCCGACGAAGAAAACAUUGGUACUUGUGCCAAGUACUUUGAAAAGAUGGCCAAGAUGGGCCAAUGGUUGGAGAUGGAGAUUGGUAUCACUGGUGGUGAAGAAGACGGUGUCAACAACGAACACGUUCAAAAAGAAUCGUUGUACACCUUGCCAGAAACUGUUUUCAAGGUUUACGAAUCAUUAUCAAAGAUUUCACCAAACUUCUCAAUUGCUGCUGCUUUUGGUAACGUCCAUGGUGUUUACAAGCCAGGUAAUGUUCAAUUAAAACCAGAAAUUUUGGGUGAACACCAAGAAUUCGCCAAGAAACAAAUUGGUACCGACAACAAGCACCCAUUGUACUUGGUUUUCCACGGUGGUUCUGGUUCUUCUCAAAAGGAAUUUGACACCGCCAUCAAGAAUGGUGUUGUCAAGGUCAACUUGGAUACUGACUGUCAAUAUGCCUACUUGGAAGGUAUCAGGGAUUACGUCUUGAAGAAGCAAGACUACUUGAAGACCCCUGUUGGUAACCCAGAUGGUGAAGACAAGCCAAACAAGAAAUACUUUGACCCAAGAGUCUGGGUUAGAGAAGGUGAAAAGACCAUGUCCAAGAGAAUCACCGAAGCUUUGGAAGUCUUCCACACCAAGGAUCAAUUGUAA